AUGUUUAUCCAAGGAUCUGCUAAAACGUUUCAUAUCAGAAGAGCUGAGCUGGGAGUUACGGAGGAUCUGCUGAAACGUUUCAUGUCAGAGGAGCUGGGAGUUAUGGAGGAUCUGCUGAAACGUUUCAUAUCAGAGGAGCUGGGAGUUACGGAGGAUCUGCUAAAACGUUCCAUAUCAGAGGAGCUGAGCUGGGAGUUACGGAGGUAUCAUCCUUGUCGUCCACGUCACGACCUGCUGUCCGCUAUCCAAACAUUUGGUUUGGGAUUUGUGACGAGAAUGUAUUUGUCCUCUGAUGAGGCUAUCAUCGAGCUGGUACACUGGAAAUUAUCAUCAGGAUCCCCGGUACAGUGGGAGGCACAAGUAUACAUGCAAAACGUGAUGUUGAGGUAUACAGAAUGGCGUAAUCUUAGUUACGACGCCGUAAACCAAAGGGAAUUUAGGUCAGCGGAAGUAGACGUGGCGGCAGAGCAUGAUCACAUCGAUACUCUUAUUCUCUGGAAAGAGAAGAAAAUGUACGAGGUGAAUCGGUUUUUUAACGAGUGUACAAUUACAAACCUGUCUGGAGAGUUUAGACCCCGAGGUGUGCCGGCGUCCAAUACCACUUAUGAAGAGGGCUACCUAAUUGGGGGUCAAGGGUUACCAGGCGAACACAUGACAGUCUAUAACUUUUACACGGAACUGGCAGACGGUCACCUAACCAGUCUCGUGUCCCACCCAAGCUGUUUCCCUAUUUGGGAUUACCAUUACACCACUGACCAAGGAAUCCAACACAGCAUAUACCAAGGUUUGACACUAGGUAUAGCCGAUCCAAGUGUCUUUGAUGUCCCAAAGCUUUGCCUCAAAUAG